CACAUGGUUUUGUAGGGCUUAGGAGUAGUUAUAUUAAUAAAUAGCAAAUGCAUUGUAUUCCGGAGCGUGGUGCGUUAAGAGUCAAGAAUGGAUAAGAAGAUAAAGGUCGUAAACAUUAUUUUCUUUUGCAGUUUUUUAGAUAUAAUUUACAGAUUUAUGAGAGUUGUGGAUGGGCAUAGUGAAGUGUUGUUUCAGACAGAUGAUGUGUUCAGACAUUUAGGUGAUGAGGUUUCUCUCUUUAUGCAUGAGGCUUUCAACGUUGAACAUGCUUUUCCAUCUAGUUUCACAGAUUACAGUGAAGAUGAUUUAAAUUCUUUCACUACUCCUUUAUUACUCAACUCUCCUUCACUAGAUUUAAAAAUGUGCUUUGGAAUGCCCCUUAUGGACACCACUCUACUUUUAAUAUCUUUAUCUGGUAGCACAGUUCAUUUUUACUGUUCAUUUUUUCAAGGAAAGAUAACAGAUCCUCAUGGAAAUGACUCAUUUUCUAGGUUGAUUUUAGCCAGAGAGGAAAGCCCAGCUAAAAAUAAACUAUUAGUUCCCACCUCAGAUGAUGCCUUUAAAUAUCAACUGACAGAAAUGUACUCUAUUAGAACUGACCUCCAUCUAGAACUUUUAACAGAUGAAACUGAACCAUCUAAAAAUGUUUGGAAAUUCCCUCCAUAUGAAACUAAACUGAUGAUGCAAGCAUACCUUAUAACCAGAAUAGAGAGCAGUCAUAUUUUAUAUAUAAGGUUGAAUGCCAAUAAUAACAAGCAGGAAGAUGUAACUGUACCAAUGGAAAUUAGUUCAGAAUUUAUCAUCAGUGGGAUUUGUUGCUCAGGACUUGGAUUCAAAGUCCUUAACCCUUAUGGGUUUGAAAUGAAACCUGUUUGUGAUCGAAAAGUAUAUUUAGGUUUUACAUCAGACUUUUCCUUGUCCCAAGUGGUGAGAACGCUUAAUAUUCAUACCAGCCUUGGCAUUGGAGGAUUAGUGUUGCAAUAUACACUUGGUGCCACCUUACCUCGUCAAGGUCAUUCCUUGCCGAGGCUAACAUGGGAGUUACUUCUUUACUAUCUUUUUUUGUCUGUUACAUGGCUGUUAAUAAUUGUGCUGAUGGCUAUGGCUUAUUUUGAAGGAGAAAAUUUAAUGAAAACCUUUUUAGUCAUCAUCACUACGUUGGUAAUUGAAAAAGACAGCAACUCUAGAAAAUUUAUAACAUUUCCUUUAAACCAUGUGGCCAGUGCAUUAGGUUAUAACCCAAACAAAACAGAGGUCACUGGCUCAUCAUCCAGUUUCACUUUAGAAGAAAAGAGAAGAUAUGAAAAUUCGUUUAAAAAUAAUAGUAGGUUAGAGACAUGGUCUAAUUGCACAUUGCAUCAUUCAUAUCCAAAAGGAAAUAAAAAAUACAAUUCUUCUAUGGAAAGAGAGUUAUGUAAAGUUUCAUCUGUAGUUCAGUAUGAGAAUGAAGGAAAUAAUUUCAAACAAAGAUCACCUCAACAUAAGCAAAGAAUGAAUGAAAUCUUUAAAGAGAACAGUGAGGUAUUGCAAUCUAAUAAGAAGACAAAGAACCAAGUAAGAUGUUCAGAUAAUUUCAUUAAACAUUAUUCAUCAUUUGGAUCAUCAUGUAAACCUGAAGAGAAAAUCAGUACAACUCAAACUACCAAAGGAAUCAAUCUAGAAAGAAGUGUUCAGAAGACCCAGACUGACAGUGAUUUUAAACAUUAUGAGAACAAGCCACAUCAUAAACUUAUGAAAGAUAAUUGUCUUCUGGAUAUUUCUGUUGUUACCAAGCCUGAAAAAACGUCUAGAAAUAAAAAGAAAAGGAAAGAUAAACCAUCAACAAAGACCAAUUUAGGAUAUACACCUGAAGUGUUUGGUAGUGUUAAAGAUAGAAAUCAUUUUCAGAUCAGUAAUAAAAACAUAAAACAGAAGAAGAUUAAAGCCCCGAGUAAAGUUUUUGGAGAGGAUGUAUUGAAACCAAGCCCUUUGGAGCUACCAUACAAACCUAAACCUGUUGUGACUUCUAAAGACAAUAAACAGAAAAAAUGGAAGUCAGAAAUGAAAACAAACAAGAUUCCUAGCAACAUAAAACCAAGAAGUCAAUCAAUUGCAACUUUUUCUGACAUGUGUAGUAAGAACCGUGGCAAUGAUUCCCCAUCUCCUGUGUGGAAUAACUCGCAAGCUUCAUCUAAAUAUGGCUCUUAUCGACCUUUGACUUAUUCUGCAGCAGUUAGUGGAGAUUUAGGAUUUAAUAAAACAAAAUCAAAAGCUGUGUCUACUGGUAACCUUGGAAAUGUUUCAUCGCAUGUUUCAGGACCAAUUGGACAGAAACCAUCAGACAUUUCAAAUACCAGUAGUGAAUCCUUUGUAAACUGUAGUAGCGGCUGUCCAAACAACCAGUGGAGUGGUUUUGAUAGAAUGAGUUCAUCACUGGAAGAGCAACAUCUUUCACAGGAGAUUGUUAUCACUGGGUCUUCCUGGUUGCUCUCUCAUGUUGAAGGCAAACUAGAAUAUGGUACAACAAAUAAUUCAGAAGCUGAUAUAGAUGAUAAAGCAGACUUGACUCCUGUGCUAGAUAUGUGGAAGUCAGUAGUAACCAGUGAUGAAGAAACUGUUUCUUCCAUAUUACAGACAAAUGAAUAUCCCAAAGCUUCUAGUCACUUUUGGAGUUCUGUUGUAGAUGGCAGUUGGAAUUCUUUGUCUAGUAUCUGGUCUACAGAGAACAGUUCCUCACUUACUGACUCAUUAUUGAAUUUGGGUAAUGCUAAUUUGAAUGCCACUGAAGGCAAUCAGGAAGUAUUUGAUGAGCCUGGGUUUGUUGAGAUUCCAAUACCCCCAUCAAUUACCUCAAGUCUAUCAACUGAUAGCUUCAACCUAUUUCAAACAUUUGACAUCUGGAACCCUCCAUUGAGUGCAUCUAAUAUCUCUUCCCCAUCUUCAUUAAACAAUUGGUCCAAUUUUAGUUUUUUUCUCAUUGCCAAUCCACUGAAGUUCAAAGGUUUUGAAAGAUUACCUCAAGUUGCAUUAAAAGCCAGUAGAAUGAGCUUGAUGGCUGUGAAGUUCAAAAGGCACAAGGUUAUCUAAGGAGCUAAAUUUAGACUUUUUGAUACCAAAGAUGAAAUCACUAUCUUAAUUUGUGUUAAGAAGACUUUUUUAUUUUAUGUGUGUGUCUGUGUGUUAAUUCUUAAAAUUAGGUAAAAUCUUAACUUUUUAUGUUGAGGACAGAGAAGUCAGGCUUCAUUAUAUUGAAGCUCAUCUCAACUUAGGUUGAAAUGGAUGUUUUAAUAUUAUAUGGCUAAUCUUGCUUUGUGAUGUGCUUGAAACAAGGAAGUGAUGCAUUUUGUUUUGUUAAAUUUCAAGUGGCUAAGAUUAUUUCAAUUAUUAAACCAAUUUGACCUCGCCUCUAUUUUUAAUUCUUAUUUUUAAGAAUUCUAUAGAAAAGGAAAUGGUGUUUAUAAAGGUUUUUGGUUUUCACCAUAAUUUUAGAGAAAGAGAAAAAUAUGCUGAGAAAAUUAAAUUGUUCAUUUUCCACUAUAUAUGGUUGAUUUUUGAAAGCACUGUUUCUCAUCAGGACUUCAGAUAAAUCUUCUGAGUUAUUUGUAUGGGUAUUGAUGUUUCCCAAAGUUCUUGAGAAAAUAUAUAAAAGUUUUUGAAAAUUGGGAAGCUAUAGGUGGUGUAAUGGAAAACAUAGAACCAAAACAAAGUUUUACCAUAAUUCUCAACAGAAAUACAAAUAUUAAACCUAGAAAAAUAAAAACAAAUUUGAAGUAUCUCCAAAGAUAGCAAACACAUUGUAAAACCCAUAUACAUAAAGUAGAAGAGUUUAGCACUUUUAUUUCAAGACAUAAUUGUUAAGAGUGACUUAUUAUAGAAUAGUUGGAAUACUUACAUUUAAUUAUAUUAUUUCUUCUUUUGUAACUCAAAAUAAUAUAUGUAAUGAAUGUGUGAUAAAGAAAUAACUCAACUUGUUUAAUAAGUUGCAAGUGUGACAUAUGACAAGUAGUGGUUAUACAUGUUUUUUUUCCUUAAAUUUUUUCAGAAAUUCUAAUAGUUAAAAAAUCGAUUUUGUAAAGGUACUUGUAUAAUAAUACAUGCUAUUGAACUUUGUUUAAUUGUUCAAUUUGUUCAAUGCACAUACAAAUAUUUUAAUUAUUAGUGAUCAAGUAUAUUGAUUCUGAAGAAGCUAGUGUUAAAAUCUGGUGAUGCUCAAGAUAAACUGUCAUGUCAGUAAUAUAAAUAUGAACCAAUUUUAUGGUUUUUUAAGUCUUGACUUGGAGUUGUCUUAAAAUAUUUGAUUGUACUCAUUAUAAUGUAUUACUAACAUUUUACACAAACAAGUUGUGUCUUUUUUAGUUUUUAUUCUAGAUUUUCUUUUUCACAUCACUGGCUCUAAACCAGUGGUUUGAAUUUAUACGUGCAGGUUUACAUUAUUCCUGCUAGUAUUUGUGAAAAAAAAGAAGAAUGAAUAAAGGUAUUUAAGAGGAGAGAAGAGGGAAAUUGUCAAAGGGAUGUACAGAUAUGUUUUUCUGUGACACAUUUAUUUUACUUGUAUUAUUUUUGUACUACAUAGUGUCCACGUAUUAGCAAUAUUUCAAUCACAUAAAACUGAGUUUUAAAAUUUGUAAAAGAUAAUGGGCCAAGUAAUAAAUAAAUAUAACUUCGAAACUCCGUUGUUAUUUGAUGAGGAGGUUAUAUAGGUAGUGAUUCUAACUCUUCUAUUGCUCUUGUAGAAAGGAAUAUAAUUAUUUCACUGUCAUAGAACCAUCAUCCAUUAUUCUGUACUUGGACAUUUUAAAGGCUCAGUGUAUAGGUGGAAAUUUGAAACAUAUUAUUGGAAUAUUUAGGUAGAGGGCAGGCCUUUAUAGUAAAGCAGAAUGACUACAAUAUAAGUUUCUACACACAAGUCAUUUGAUAAUAAGAUAAAUAUAUAUAUAUAUGACACACAGUUUCAUUCUUGUAACGUGAUAUAUAGUCAUUUCUUGUUGAAUGAUAGAAUAAAAAGAUUUUCGA